AUGAUACGAGAGUUCUACGACAGUUCAGAUGAAGAUGAAAUGGAAAAUCAGUAUCAGAUAGACCCAGAAUGCUUAGUGCUCACUAGACCCGACCAAGACAUGCAUAACCGUUGCUGCGGUGGCAAAGCUUGGUGCAUAAAGGACAUCUGUGGCAUCAUCUGCGCGAUUCUAACAUGGCUGCUUAUACUAUACGCUGAGUUUGUCGUGAUGAUGGUGAUGCUCCUGCCGGGUGUAGCAACUUACCCAUUCUACAGCUACGUGAACAUCGUCCUGUUCCAAACGCUGGCGUUCCUGGCAUUUGCUUCACAUCUUAGAACAAUGUUCACCGAUCCGGGAGCAGUACCGAAGGGCAACGCCACAAAGGAGAUGAUAAAGCAGAUGAGCUUCCGCGAGGGCCAGGUGAUCUUCAAGUGCACGAAAUGCUGCAGCAUCAAGCCGGAGCGGGCGCACCACUGCUCGGUGUGCCAGCGCUGCAUCAGGAAGAUGGACCACCACUGCCCGUGGGUGAACAACUGCGUGGGCGAGAACAAUCAGAAGUAUUUUGUGCUGUUCACUUUCUACAUAGCCGCCAUCUCGGUGCACUCGCUGACGCUCUCCGUGUACCAGUUCGUGACGUGCAUCCGGCACGAGUGGCGCGACUGCAGCGCGUACUCGCCCCCCGCCACCGUGGUGCUGCUGCUGUUCCUGAUCGCGGAGGCGCUGCUCUUCGCCAUAUUCACCGCGGUGAUGCUCGGCACGCAGCUGCACGCGAUAUGGAACGACGAGACCGUGAGUGGCCGCCACCGCGAUCCGGCCACGUGUGCCGCCCCGGCCCGACUGCUCGGGCCCGUGCGCACACGUCUCGGGUCGUGUGCCCGUAACACGGCUCGCGGCGUCCACUUGGCCGCGCCGCCGCCGCCCCCAACGCUCCAGAAUAUUGUAACUGGCAUCGCCAUACCUGGACGGCACGCUAUAUACGUGCCUGAAAGGGGCAUAGAGCAGUUGAAGAAGGAGCAGGCGCGCUGGGUGCGGAAGUCGCGUUGGAAGAGCAUACAGGCGGUUUUCGGACGCUUCUCUAUACUGUGGUUCUCGCCUUUCACCCAGCCCUCGCCGAAGACCAAGCUGGAGAGCUACCUGUACAGCGUG